GACGAUUUGCCUCUUCUCAUUGUGAAUAGCAGUUGAAGGAAAGUAAGAUAAGGUCCGACAUCAAUAACAGGCCAUUAAUGCCUCGAGGCAAUAUUUGUUCCAGUGUUGUGCGCGAGCGAUAAUCGAUAAUCAUUUGAAUUUCGACCUGAUCGUCCACUGUAUGAUUGUGACAAAAAUAGCCUGAGCCCAUCUCCACAAAGGUGUCCGAAAGAACUCCGAUGGGCGUCAACUGACCACGAACUCUUUGUUGACUCUUUGUUUGGCAUCUUCAAUAUCAACCUUCCUGUAACCUUAAGACAAAAGCGCUCGGAUGUCUCUUGCAGGAGAUCAUAGUUCAUCCAGGCGACAUUCACUGGGUGCGACAACCAUCCAACUUCAACAGUUGUCUGCCCGCCGACAUUUCUUCGUACAAGGCUCUGCCAUGCACAUUGUCACGUCUAUCUGAAGAUGAACUGCAUUCAUCUGUCUCCACGCUGCGAUAUCGAAACUGUACACCAACCUCGCCGUUCCUCGUUUCACGAACGCCAGACUGCAAUUACUUUGCAUUGCAUUUCCCCUCACAGAAGUCGGGUGGAGGCUUGGUCAAGAAGGGGACCUUAUGACAUCAAGGCAGACGGGCUACAGAACCUAUUGAUCACCAUGGAAGACACGCUGACUCGAUUCUCUCCUGCACAACCUAGUGGACAUUCUUGCUCAUCCGUUCAUUGAAUCGUCAUGGUCUUGAGCCGUUUGACUUUGCGGACGAGACACAGCGUGGAUGACUGGCCUGAGCCUGUAUCUCCCAUAGACCAUCCGGUCGACUGGGCUCCUGGAGACAAUGAGUCAGCUAUUCGAGAGUUGAGGGUUCUUGUUCGCCUCCGACAGCCUUUUGGCGCACUUUUGCUAGC